AUGAUUAACACCAGAAGAAAAAAUCAAACUUCUGUCACAGAAUUCAUCCUCCUGGGGUUUGGCAAUAAAUAUGAACGGCAAGCUCUUGUCUUCAUGCUGUUUCUAGUGAUCUACCUUGUGACUGUGGCUGGGAACAUCCUCAUCAUUGUGCUGAUUUUGACUGAUCAGCACCUUCACACCCCCAUGUAUUUCUUCCUGGGGAACUUGUCCUUCCUGGAGACCUGUUACAGCUCCACCACCCUGCCCAGAGUACUGAUGAGUACCCUGACUGGUGAGAACCACAUUUCCUUCACAAGUUGUAUCACCCAAUUCUAUUUCUUUGGUGGCCUGGCAGCUACAGAAUGCUUUCUCUUCUCUGUAAUGUCUUAUGAUCGUUAUCUGGCAAUAUGUAAACCUCUGCAUUAUAUGGCUAUUAUGGAUAGUAAGCUUUGCUUGCAACUAGAAGCCGUCUCUUGGAUAAGUGGCUUUGUGGGUAAUACCGUAACUACUCUCUCCAUAACACAGUUGACUUUCUGUGGUUCCAAUGUAAUUGACCAUUUCAUCUGUGAUUUCAUCCCCGUGAUACAACUUUCCUGCAGUGAUCUCCACCUGAUGUACAUUUUGAUUUUUAUCUUCUCCAUACUAUUCACACUGAUGCCAUUUCUCUUAAUCUUGACGUCCUAUAUUUGCAUUAUCACCGUUAUCCUGAGAAUCCCUUCUAAUACGGGGAGGCAAAAGGCCUUCUCCACAUGCUCCUCUCACCUGAUUGUAGUGACAAUUUUCUAUGGGACCCUGAUUAUUGUCUAUAUGUUUCCAAGCACUCAUUCACUGAGAGACCUAAGCAAAAUGUUCUCAGUCACCUACACUGUUUUGACUCCCAUGGUUAACCCCCUCAUCUAUAGCCUGAGAAAUAAGGAAGUGAAAGAGGCCCUGAAAAGGCUGCCUAAAAUGUGUAGAUUUUACAACAACUGCAAUUUUUUUUAA